AGAUACCGAGAGUUUACGUGACACUCGACUGCUGAGCAAGUAAAUGCAAACCUCUCCAUUGUUUAGUCAGUAUAGAACAGACUGCUGGUAAGCAAACAAAAAAUACAAUCCACACUCAGGAUGGAAGGAGUCUUCUACCUUUCUGUGAUUCUCAUCUUCUUGAUUGCCAGUAGAGGGAUAUCAGGACAGUCAUGUGAGGGUAGAUGUGGUGACAAACUCGAAUCCUGUUCCUGCCAUGCCACUUGUGCAUCCCUCAGAAACUGCUGUGUGGACUAUACAGAGUACUGUAUCGAUAUCACUCCCUACUCAGGAACAAUAUUUGGUGGAACUGACUUUGUAGUCCUCAAUGCACAUUUUAAUCAGAGCUCCCAAAUCAUCUGUAGGUUCAACUAUGACAUCCAUACCGUGGGUUAUGUUGAUGCAGACAGCAGAUGCCACUGCAUCUCGCCUCUGCUUUAUGAAUCAGGAUGGGUUCCUCUUCAGAUUUCUACAGACAAUGGCACAAACUUUAGCCGGCGUGGAACAUGGUUAUCAGUCCAUCCAGGAAAGUUAGAUCCCAGCCUUAAAGCGACGAUAAUCAAUUCAACCCAGUGGCAGUACUACGGUACCCCCAAUGUUGGCGGAAAGCUACGCAUGACGUGGAACACCUCACAGGUGGGAGCUCAGAAGGUCAACAUAGAAGUCUGGGGAUACAUGGAGAAAGGGGAUCCCUACUCUGACUCCUGGCAAGGUAACUGGGAAUACCUGUACUCUAUUGGGAGGGACAUACCCAACAAUGGGGACUUCAGCUUUCUGCCCAAGCCAGCAGAGAAGACUUUCUCAGACUGGGAGCUUGGCUGUCUACGCGUCAGCUCCAGUUCUCACCCAGACGGAGCCUGGAAUGUCCAUGCAGUGUGGACUGAAGACCAUGUUCUAGCCUGGCAUCUGGAGGAGAACUUCAGGCUGGAUUCAGCAGCCUGGGCACUGAAUAAGUGUAUAGCCUGGGACCAGCUGGAGGAGAAACUACCAGACUUUCUCACUGAGAUCAUUGACUGUCCAUGCACGCUGGCCCAGGCUAGAGCAGACACAGGGAGGUUUCAUACAGAUUAUGGAUGUGAUAUAGAGAAGGAGAGCGUGUGCACCUACCAUCCAGGAAGUGUACACUGCGUUCGGGCCAUACAAGCAAGCCCCAACUACGCAGCAGGACAGCAAUGUUGCUAUGACCACACAGGAGCGCAGGUUUUAACAGAUGACUCCAUUGGAGGGAGUACCCCAGAUCGAGCUCAUGACUGGGGUUCCCCUCCGUUCCUGAAGCCCCCUCGGGUACCUGGGUUUUCCCACUGGAUCUAUGAUGUACUUAGCUUCUACUAUUGCUGCCUGUGGUCAGACAACUGUCACUACUACUUCAAACGCCGACCCUCCAGUGACUGUCGGACCUAUCAAGCGCCAAAAGCAGGUGUGGUGUUUGGAGACCCACACUUCAUUACAUUUGAUGGCGUCAGCUACUCCUUCAAUGGAAAAGGGGAAUACACCAUCAUGGUUUCAGAGAGCAAUGAACUGAUAAUACAGGGAAGAACCGAGCCAGUAAUAUCGACAAAUGGCACUACUGUAAAAGCAACAAAGCUGUCAGCGGUUGCUAUGAGAGAAGGGACCUCUGAUAUAAUCGAGGUACGACUUAGCAAAUCUCAGGACCAGCUACAGGUACUGUGGAACCAAAUGCUGCUCACUUUCUCUGAGCAGAGCUGGAUGGAUCUGAAGGGUGUGUUUGUAUUUUCACCCGCCACUACAAAUGUGACUGUCAUGUUCCCGUCUGGAGUCGGAAUUGAACUGAGACUGAGAGUUGGAACUAUUAGCACCACAGUCCUUUUACCUGAGGCUUUAAAGGGUUCCACCAGCGGCCUGUUGGGAAAAAUGAAUGAUGACCCCAAGGACGACCUGGUCACUAGUGAUGGUCAUACUGUGUCAGAUCAAGACAAUGCAGAGGAAGUGUUUAAAUUUGGUGCAAGCUGGUCUAUUGCGAACGAGUCCACACUCUUCACGUAUGAUUCUGAACACUUACUGAACACGUAUUUCCAUGCCCCAAAACACGAUGCCAGUUUCCGUCCGGUGUUCUCCAUCCCUGAGGAUCCCCACGAUCCUUUUGUCGUCCAGGCCUCUGAGCUAUGCUCUGGGAAGGGCUCUCAGUACUGUAGGUAUGACACCCUGAUAACUCAUAGUCUGGAAAUGGGCAAUGCCACCAAGGUGUCUUUUCUGGAACACAUGUCUGUAAUGGAGGAUCUGAAACCAGUGGUGUCCUGUGGCUGGCUGGCUCCACCCACCAACGGUAAGAAGGAAGGCACCCGGUAUACCCUGGGAGCUGUGCUGGUGCUGUCCUGUGACUCUGGCUAUCUCCUCAGUGGUUCAAAGAAACGCACAUGCCAGGAGACUGGCCAGUGGUCUGGUGAAAUAACAACCUGCAAGGCUGUUGAUCCGGUGGGAAUUGCGGUUGGUACAGUUAUUGGAGCAAUAGCAUUAAUGUUAAUUAUUGUGACACUCAUAAUCAACAGCAGGAAAAAUAAAAGUGAAACUUCAGCAUCUACAGUGUCUGAUGAUGGACAAGAUCAGAUAAGUGGGGUUUUCUUAUAGACCUUCUGCAGGAUCCACACAUCUCUUUCCGGACACUUCAACAGUACAUAUAGUUGGUCCGGAAUACCAGCACAGAGAUUGGAAAAAAAAACUUUCAGUCUUCAUCAAAAUGAUGUACUCACACACUCCGUUGUGGUUAGAAUGGAACCCAAUUCAGGACCUUUGCAUAAGCGACUGUACGGUAUGAAUGUCACAAGGUCAAAGUUAAAAACUUUAAUUUAUUUUGCCUAUUGCUGACAGUAAAAGGAGUAUGACCUGUAAUUCAUUUCAGUGGCAAAAUACAAUGAUUGUUGAAAAAAUUACUUGUUGAAAUAAUAGAAUAAUAAAUAUCAUUCAAAGUCAGUCUUUUUAUUUAUCAAAUGCACCGAAUAACACAGCGUCAUUCUGAA